CUGUAUUUUUGUUCUAGUUCUUGUUUCUACUUCCGUGGCGCCGUUGUGUGCGUUUUGAUUUCGCAUGCAAGUUGUGUCCGUCGAGUUGUAGCGGUUGUGCGUGCGCGGUGCGACAAACGCCGAUGGCUUAGCGAGCGGAGAUAUUCAACUGUUUAACGCCUAUCUCAAACGACGAGCCGCUUCGCCCGAGCAUCAUGUCCCGCAUCCCAAAGCCGCAGCAGCUGAAAGCCCAGCAACGCAGAUCCAACCCGCAAGCAUGCUUCGAUCUCCAAAAGAAAGAGCCCGCGCUCAGCUCGGAUUUGAUAAAGCUGGCGCGCAAGAGCGGCCAGCUUAACUUGACUGGUAGAGGCAUGAUUGACGUUCCAGACCAGGUUUGGAACAUCAACAACUUGACGGAAGAAGAGAGGCGAGGACUUUCGCUUUGCCUUGAUCAGUGUGAUGGUGACCGGUGGUGGCACCAGGCUGAUUUGACGAAGCUGUAUUUAUCGGCUAAUAAUUUGUCUAGCCUCUCGGCUGACAUUGGGAAGCUUCAAGCCCUCACCAUUCUUGAGCUGAAUGACAAUGCUCUUGCUUCACUGCCAGACACCAUUGGGAGCCUCCGGCAGCUCACAAAGCUGAACAUUAGUCGCAACAAGCUUCAGCAGCUGCCAGAUUCAUUCUAUCAGCUGAAGGAGCUAAGGCAGCUGAUUGCCCAUCAUAAUGAUAUCGUAGAGCUUAGCGACGAUGUGGGUAACCUCUCUCUUCUGGAGCUGAUGGACCUGAGCCAUAACAAGUUGACUUCAUUACCGGCCAUGAUAGGGUUUCUGUCUCGGGCAACCAACGUAAAUCUGUCAUACAACUGUCUUGCUGAGCUUCCUCCUGAAGUUGGCAGCAUGAAUGCUUUGCAAAUCCUGGAUGUGUCAUCCAACCGACUAAGGAGCUUACCAGAGCCCAUCGGUUCACUCUGCCAUUUGGAGCAGCUGUUUGCACAACAGAAUGAUCUCACAGUACUGCCACCUUUUUCAGGUUGUGCGCGGCUCAAGGAGCUUCACGUUGGUAACAAUGCCAUCGAGGAACUUCCCAUUGAGGUGAUAGAGACGUUGCUGGGUCUCAAGACGCUGGACCUGAAGUCCAACAAGCUCUCGACCCUGUCGCCAGACAUCACCAUGAUCCAGGGCCUGGAGCGGCUCGACCUGUCGAACAACAACCUUGCCUCACUACCCUACGAACUGGGAACGCUUGUUCACCUCAAGGGUCUCGGUGUGGAGGGGAAUCCCCUCAGGGCCAUCCGCAGGGACAUCGUCAAGAGGGGUACAGUGCACCUGCUGAAGUGGCUGCAAGAUCGGCUGGGCGAAUCACCAGAGGGUGCAGCCCACAAGCGGCUCUCCGGAGGAGCGGGCCUCAACGAUGGGUCUGAUCUGAUCGAGUCCAUUGAGAAGUUUGCCCUCAAGACGACCCAUGCACUGGAACUAAGCAAGCGAUCUCUGCAUGAUGUCCCCGAGGAGAUUUUCAAGAUGGCGGCUGAGUGCGAUGCCAACACGAUCGACCUCAGCAAGAACGCCCUUGAAUCUGUUCCAAAAGGACUUGAAGCUGCCUGUCCUGUCAUGACAGAGCUGAACCUGAGCUUUAACAAGAUAACAGCGCUGCCGGGCUUCUUGUGCCUCGCUACGCGACUUACAUUCCUGGAUUUGAGGAACAACCAGCUAAGUGACCUUCCUGGGGAGAUGUCGGUCCUCUCCAAUCUAAGGGAGGUCAACCUGUCAUUCAACAGGUUCUCACGCCUUCCUGAAGUUUUGACCAGCUGGGAGUCAUUGGAGAUAUUGUUUGCAUCGGACAACAAGAUUGAGGAGCUGGAUAUGACGCAGCUGCAGAAGUUGAAGCAGAUUGCUGUGCUUGAUCUCAGAAACAACAGCAUCCUGCAGGUUCCACCCGAACUGGGCAACAUGCGACAGCUUCGAAAUCUACAACUGGAAGGGAACCCAUUCCGCAAUCCACGGCCUGCCAUUCUUUCCAAGGGCACCCCAGCACUGCUGGAAUUCCUUAGAGACCGUAUCCCUCGAUGAACAGCUCACCCUUUUUCCCCAGAGAUGUGCUUUAUUUCACAUAUUUAUGAUCUUCUUGCACCUCAUCGCUUUGAAAGUUUUGCCUCUUCCAUGUGCCAUGCUGCCAGAAAUUUUUUGUUCUCGCUCACAGCAAACUUUCUUUGCUACAGUUGGCUCUCUCUGUAAUGAGGACAUUGUAAUGAGGACAAAUUUUGUUCCUUAUAUCCAAUAUUUGUUUACAGUCAACAAUGAAUCUUCCGGACACCCAAUUUUUCAGACAUGUUGGGUAAUUCGGACGCCUUUGUGGCACCGCCAUGUACCCCAUAGAGUCAAUGUAUAAGAACGUCUGAAAUUUUGGAUGCAAAACACCUUCACCUUCCAAUUUUCUGGAUUUAUUGCCAUGACCGCAGGUUCAAAAUGGCGUAAUCGAAGCCAUCACCACCGCCAUUUUCUUUAUAUCACUGCCUCGAACCGGCGCUCUCGCACGCAGAUUCACUGGCAGCCGUAACCAUCACCAUGCCGCUGUUAGCAAUGGCAUCGACUCUGCCCUUGUAGUCCUCACCAGUAGCUUGGAAGCUCGGAAUGCACGGUGUGUUAAAAAAAUUCAGUUUUUGAAAGUCAGCUUUGCCUCAUUGCAGCAUUGUUACGCGGUGGAGCAUAUGCGAAGUAUUGCGGUGAAGCAUACCAAGAGUGAGAUGGGGCAAUUGUCUUGGGACCCGGUAUGUUUCCCUUAAUUACACACGCGUGCACCUGCCAACUCCUCUCACAGUGCGAGCACUGAUUUGCCUAAUAAGUAUACUGGCAGGCCUUCAGAGUUAUUUGGGACGUGCUUGCGGCGAUGUGAGCCCUUGGGGGCAGUAAAAUGAGUGCAUUCAUUUUUUCGGACUUCCUGAGGAAAUCGGAUGUUGACUGUAUAAAACAAUGCGGAGGUUCAAAGUCCUUCCAAUGAUAUAAACUGCAUCCUUCCCUUUCACCUGGACUACGCAUUAACCCUUUAAGCAUGGUAAAUAAACGAAAAAAAACUUGACAAGAACACAGAAUUUCUUUUGCAUGCAAAUGAGUCUGAUCAAAAUAUAAAGCUAGGCCAUGUGAAAAAUUGGUUGGGUAAAUGAAUAUUGCCAAAAAAAAAAUAUUUUUUUACGCUGUAACAAAAGUAGGCUUUAUUGCACUCAAUUAGUGUAUGCUCCCAAAAUGCUCCCACUGUGAUAGGAGAUGGUGGGUGUACGCAUGUAUAAUUAAGGGAAACAUACUGUGUCCCAAGACAAUUGCCCCGUCCCACUCUUGGUAUACAAAUGAUUCUGAUAAUCAUGUCGAGCAAGACCAUGCAAAAGAUUUGUCAGAAUGGUGAAGUUUACUGAGAAAAAGAAUGUUGUUUUUACACUGUAAUGAAGGUGGGCUUCAUUGCACGCAAGUGAAGUCUAUGGUCCCAACUUCAUUCUUGAAUAGCUCUUUGUGCCAUCUUAUGUUAUUUACAACAAGCACAAAAUAAAGCAUGCUAUCUGGAAGAAGCAUGGAGCAACACAGCUCAAAUUGUCUUCAGGCCAGCACCAAAAAAAAAAAAAAAAAUGCACUCGACGAGCUGGUCUCAUCGUUCCUCUUUUUGGCAAGCUUUAGCUUAACGAGCAGAGCUCAUCAUCAGUCCUUGAAGGGUUAAGAAACAUGGAGAGUAAUGUGAGGCCAUUCGAGAUUGCAAAGACUCUUUAUCCAGUUUGCGACCCAUUUAUUGGAAAACAUACAUUAUUUCAUGUGGCGGCUUUUAACUGUGUUCAGCAGUAUAAAUUUCUCAACAAUGUUCAUGCAGGACAGUGCAUUGAAAAUUAAAUUAGCAGACAUUUUGCCUUUAUUCAGCUCGCUUGCAUAGCGUCUUGUGCCACAGGCAAACAAAGCCUUACUUCACUGUAAAAAAUAUACGAACACCAUGAAUGCAAUUUUUGUUAUUCAGCCCAACUUUCUCAAUAAAAAUAAAAAGAAAAGGUGCGCAUUAUAAUCUGUUAACAUACCGUAAUCGUACAUUGUAUCACGAGAAGGCAACAAAGACACCAAGGACAACGUAGGAUAAAUUACUUGUACUUACUAAUUGAAUUAAAGAAGUGAUAAACUAGUGGCAAUGAAAGUGGAUGAAAAAACAACUUGCCACUGGUGGGAAAUGAUCCCUCGUCUUCGUUUUACGUGUGUGAUGCUCGCACGUAAUGCUCUCACAUAAUGCGCAUCACAUGCGUAAUUAAAUUUUUUUUUUACAUUUUGUCAAUGCUUUUACAGUCCCCCAAUAAGUUCCACUGAGGCAUUCCAUUAAAGGCAUUGCUACUCUGGGUCACCAUAGGGGUCAGGCACGCCCGCCGUGGUUGCUUAGUGGCUAUGGUGUUGGGCUGCUAAGCACGAGGUCACGGGAUUGAAUCCCAGCCACGGCGGCCGCAUUUCGAUGGGGGCGAAAUGCGAAAACACCUGUGGUACUUAGAUUUAGGUGCACGUUAAAGAACCCCAGGUGGUCUUAAUUUCCGCAGUCACCCAUUACGGCGUGCCUCAUAAUCAGAAAGUGGUUUUUGCACGUAAAACCCCAUAAUUUAAUUUUAAUAGGGGCCAGGCACGCGCACGCUGGCUUGCCAAGUUUCAAUUAUUCAGGGAAGGCAGAUUGUAGGAUCUAAAUAACAAACGUUUGGGUUGUAGAAAUACAUGGGUGCUGGCCCGCACCUGCUUUCGGGAUCAAGUUAACCAAGAGAUUGAAUUAACCAGAGUCGAAUAAACAGAAGUCUAUUGUAUAUACUACUCAUUUAUAACCAUUUUAACCAAAGCAAAACAUUGUUGUCCUUGGCUUAAAAAUUCUGGUGGCCUUGUCAGGCUGUGUUUAAUUGAAAGAUGCAACAGGAAGAUUGCACACAUAAGCAUAGACUUUCAGUUGUAAGAUAUGUACACUUGCUGCAAGAAAACUUUAUUGUAAUGCGGAAACAUAGUAUGCCUUACUACAACACUCUGCCACAAAGUUAAGGUGAAGCCGAUGUCAUUGAAGACAUGCAUUCCUCACUUGGAUUAUUCUUGGUCCACAUAGUCAAGACACUUGCAUACCUGGUUUACUUUGAAGCAUUCAAAAUAGACUCGCAGAUAAGCUCACAAGCUGUAGCUUUUAUGUUCGCCUCCUUAUUUAGACACCAAAUAAGUUGCGAAUAUGCUUUUCGCAACUUUCAUGUUUCUCAACCUUUUGUGGCCAAUGGUACUGUUGCUUGCUUUUACAUUGUGCUUUGCAGCCACUACAUUGCUAUUUUAUUUUUCUUUCUAUACUGGCACGAAUACGAGAGGAACACACUUAUUUUUUGGUAGUGGCAUGUUGCCUUUGCUGCUAGAAUGAAAAUUGAAAGUCCUUGUUGCACACCUGGAGGCAACUGUUCUUGCAAUUCUAAGGACUUUUGUGUGCCAGGCACUAAAACAGAAAAGCUUUUAGAAGCAUCUGCUGCGAGCGUAUCACUUUUCUGCUCAUUACUGAGUCGCAGCUCUGGUCUCAAUUGUGGUUGCAGGAAACACUGCAUUACAACUGUACACACCUUGUGCAAUGCUUAGCUUUUCCUUUUGAGAUAAUGGUGCUACAUUGUUCCUUAUAUAUAUGUUACCGUGAGUGUGGCAUGGCUGCAGCAGUGUCAGUAACUUCGGACUUUUUUUGGGGGGGACACUGUUGCCAAGUUGCAGCCUGAGAGACUCCAUUUUUAGCAAAAUGAGAAUGGCCUGAUCAGAAUUUCCUUGCAUGUUCUCGGUGUUUCUAAAUGUUUUUCUUAUCAUCUUAUCAGUCAACAGUGGGAAUGUGAAAAAGGAAAGCAACCUCGAAUUCUCCGAUAUGGUAUCAAAUCUCAAGAGUGUGUUUUGUCUAAAAAAGCAGCUUUGAUGUGCCCGGAUGGCUAACUAAUAAGCUCUUCAGCAUGUCUUUAGAAGUGGCCACAAAUGGAUGCAUAUAUUUCCCCUUAGAAUAAAAUGAAGAGGAAGUACGGAACUUAUCUAAAGCCUCUUGAGGGAAUUUUUCCAAGGCAACUGACUGGCAAUUUAGCAGAACUCUUUGCGGGCCUAGUUGGUUAGUUAUUAAGGACUGAUAGCUUUUGCACAAGCUUUCUUCGUGUUCUUUCUCUUUGUUUUGCCUGUUUCCCAUUUCGCACAAUAAGUACAGUCCUUCACUGGCAACUUAGGCCGCUAAAGAAGUAAUUAGGACUGCAGAAAGGCAAAGUUGUUAACGUGACUAAAACUCUCUGAAUUGAGCGACUUCAUUCCUAAAUUAUCCACACCGGGCUGCAGUUUUGGCUUCUAGCUGCAGCAUCAUUAUCUUGAUGUGAAGGAGACUUGAAAAUGAAUGUGUACUUGGAUUUGGGUGCA